UCGGAAACUUUUGACAUUAAAAAAUAAUUAUUGCAAGCUUUUAAUUGAUUAAUAGUAAGUUUGUUUAUUGUACAUCUUAUCUGAAAAUAAUUUGGCAGAAAUCAACAAAUUGGAACAAAAAGGCUGAAUCGAAAGUCUCCAACAUCGCGUACUUCAUUAUAUAUACAAUGGUAGAAGUAAAUGCUGAAUCUGAGAUGUCUGAAGCCUUGUCAGGCAUAGUGAUGGAUGAUGUACUUAGUAGGCAUCGCCGAGAACGAAAAGAUUUGCAGGCUAAAAUACAAGCCUUAAAAAAGUCUGCACCCAAGAAUGAUAAAAAAAAGCGCAAAGAGAUAAUGGAGGAGGUUGCUCGUAUAGAGAGUGACUUGGAGAAAAAGCAAGCCUCUGAAUUAGUCGAGGUAGAAAAGGAACAACAAAUAAAAAACCAAAAUGAACACCAAGACGAGAAUACAAAUGGGAAACAACAAAACUUCGAUGACGCAUUGUGUAAUGGUGAUGAUGAUGAAGAAGAUGCCACUGGGACUACCCAACGUGUUACUAAAGCACAAAAACGACGUGAUAAGAAAGCGCGUGAAGCCCGACAAAGAGAGGAAGAUAUUCGGAUUGCUGCUGAGGAUGCAAAGUCCGCACCAAAAGCUAUCGAAAGGCGUGCUAUACAAUCGAAACUGUUAGAACGACAAUUAACACUACAUUAUAUUCCUUCCGAUGGCAAUUGCCUCUACAAUGCGGUACGGCAUCAGCUAGCUCAAAAAGGGUUACCUACAUACAGCGUGCAAGAACUACGCAAGGAAACUGCUAACUAUAUACGCGCUCAUAAAGAUUCAUUGAUUUGUUAUAUGACUAAUCCAAAAACUGGCUUUUUGCUUACUGAUGCAGAAUUUGAAAACUACUGCGAACUAUUGCAUACUACACCAGCUUGGGGAGGACAAAUUGAACUAAAAGCCUUAUCCUCCAUACUUAAAGUACCCAUUGAAGUGCUACAGGCAGAAGGACCACCGACUGUACAAGGGGCUGACGAAUUUGCUGGGCCUAGUCUAUUAAUAACGUACCACCGCCAUAUGUACAGUCUGGGUGAACAUUACAAUUCUUCUGUGCCAAUCGUACAAGUCUGAAACCCUAAAACUAAUGAGUGAAAUUAAUUAUCAUUUCCCUUUAUUUGUAAAACAAAAAAUUAUCAUUACUACUAAGAAAUACUUAAAAUGUUCUAAUAAAUCCGAUUUUUCCUAGUUUGCCCAUGCUGAAACCUCAAAAUAAUCUGUAAAUAAUUAAAAAGUCAGCAAAAUAUUUUUA